UUCGUUUGUUCGAAUGCGAUUAUUUCGAGUGCUUUUGGAGUUUUGCUGCAGUUUUUGCGUAUUUUUUGAGAUGGAUAAUUUUAAAGCGCUGAAGAAAUGGGAUAUAUCUGGAGGUGAGAGUCCAGAGGAGAGCUCCUCGACUUCAGGAUCGUCUUCCUCUUCAGUUCGAGUGAUUCGCGUGCGUCCGAAAGAAGUGCUGGAGGGUGCGAAGGACAAAUCUGCUCAACCCGACAAGAAACGGGUGGUUGUCGUUAUUCCCGAUGAGAGCACGUCGUCUGUCAUCGAUUACCUGGAACAGAGAUAUCCAGAAGUUUCGGAAUGGUCGGUGCAGAGACAGAUCGGUGCACGCGAGCAAGGACUGCAAGAGGAGUGUAAAUCGAUCCUGAAAAAGAGGAAAAAGAAGCCUUGGUGGAAGAAGAUCUUCUUCUUCUGGAAGAAAUAAAUCUUCAAGGUCUUCUCACCGGAUGUGACACUUUUCCCGAUUGUGACUUUCUUACCCGGAUGUGACUUUUCCCCCGAUUUUGACUUUUUUACCCGGAUGUGGACUUUUACCUGGCUAUGACCUAAUGACCGAUCAUCGGAUGUGACAUUUUGUGGCGGUUUGGCGUCUUCCCUUUCCUGCUGACGGUUCUCGGAAUGAUACAUGUUCUUCGUCAUCGCUUACGAGGGACGUGUUCUUCCACUUCAGUUAAUUAAAGCCGACGGCGACAACUUAGCACCGUCUUCGGUCGUUUAAAACCUCUCAAGUGAGAACGAAAUUCUGACCGGAAAAUAAUGGAUUUUCGCCAGCAACGUGCGUGUCAACACUGGACACCCGAAUAAAAACAAAAGGGAAAUAUCGCAGUUAACAUAUGUCUAAGCCACAAUUAUA